GAUUUGCGUGAGUUAAAUGUGACCCGUGGUGAAUCGCUGGAGGCCUUGCAAGCUACUCAAGCUCGUUUAUUUGAAGCUCGAGGCAGGGAGGCGAUCCAGAACGACAUGGAGCAGUGUUUUCAAUUUUGGUUUACAGAAGGUUCGACCGAGAAGCCGUUGCCUGCCAAACUUCAACGGUUUGCAGCGGAAGGCACGGGUUCUGAAUUGGUUUCGGCAGAGCGUUUGCUGAUGGAAGACUUUUGGCUUGUGGAAAAGGUGGCCCAGCAGCCUGGAGUGGAAUGGCUACAGGACUUGGGGCUGGUGUUGCGCUUGGACUAUGGUAGUCGACCUACCGGGACCAGUGGUUUGGCGACGUCAACAAGCUGGGCUGGCUUGCGAUCCCUUGGCAACACAUGCUAUGUGAACAGCCUUGUACAAUGCUUUCGUGCCUGUGGUCCUUUACGCAAAGAUAUUGGCAGCGCCGAAGAUGAGAAGGGUUCGCUUGGAAAGCUGCUCAGCUCCUUACUGCAUCGAUUGGCGGAGAAUCGCUGGGAUUUUCUCGCUCCUUUUGAACUUGUAUCUGAGCUGCACCGUGCAGAGCCUAUAAAAUUUCAAGUGGGAGAGGCAGCGUAUUCAGAUGUGUCUGAGUGUUGCGCAACAUUGCUCCGUACCUGUGUGACUGAUCAAAAUCUGAUUUUGGCAAAUCAAGCACAUCCAGAGCAAGGUGGCGUGCAGCAGGAUGUUGGUCGCGGCACCUCUGGACAGCAGUGGGAUCAUGUCUUUCAACAAAGUGGUCUUCUCGGUUCUGCAGUUGUGUUUCACAAUGGAGAUGCCACAAACGCACUGGAAUCGUUGCUCCCUCGCAAACUCAAUGACGCUUUGGCCGUGACUUUCUGCACUGAUCUGCCCAGUCAAGGCCAGGAAGCAGGCCGAGAAGCUGUUCGGAAAAUCGCGCCAUUGCAGUUACAUCGAGAACUUUUCGUGCAACAAGCAGAGGCAUUGAAAACGACCAACCCUGUCUAUGCUGCUGGAGUGGCUGAGAUCAACCAGGAAAUCUUGACGGAAUGGCUGGCAGGAGAAGAUAGCGCUGUGCCACCUGUAGUUUUGGAUUGCGUAGUGACGGUGCCCGUGGGACAACAAGGACCUGGAGAGAUGAAACAGCAAGGGCCUGCAGAGGCCACAGAGGGUCGCCAAGAGUCUCGCGAUGGUUUCGAGCAGACCACAGUCUUUGCGAUGGAGCCGCAAGUCUCCGACUACAAUGAAUCUCAAAAUGAGGUGGCGACUCGCGUCGCCACUUUGUUGUCCAAGCUGGAGGAACUUGAACAGGCGGGCGCUCGCUCUGUGGCCUUGGAGAUGGAGUCGCUGGUGGAGGAGGAGACCACUUUGAUAGACUACAUUGGCCGCAAGCGCAUUCUGGACUUGUGCAAAGAAGUGCACGAAUCCUGUCAGAAGUUAUCAGGCGCUGAGUGCCGCAGAAAAUUGGAGGGAGAGUUGCGAGAUGCUGUUAUGGGAAAAUCGAGAUGGGCGCAGUCAGCUGCAGAAGAUCAGCGUGCGGUUCAUCAUUUGUUUGUGGCACGAGCCAAGAAACCUCUGUCUUUGUGGGAUUGGAAAAUUUGGAGCAUGGCGAAGCCACGUCUUUGGCGAUAUGGAGAUGCUUCGAACCUUUAUGAUCGAGAAGUGCCACUAGCCACAGCUGAAUGGGCGGAGCUGCAAUACACCUUGCCGCAUGAAGACGAAUAUCAAGCUCCGGUCCAGAAUCGCUUCACGGGUGAUUGGGUUUCUUUGCAUAUGAUGUCUACAGUGUGUCGUUUGACCGAUCAGCGUGCUGCUUCGUAUCAAUUUCUGAAAAAUGGUGGCAUGACCUUUGCGAAAAGUGUCUCCACUUUGUCUGCACAGGAUUUGGCGUUGGCAGCUAGACUCACGAGCGACAAUGCAGGCAGCGUGGAACAAAUGCUUCAGAAGACAGAUGUGCCGCAAGCUGUGAAAGAUGCACUGCAAGCCAUGCACAAUGCCUCGGCCAACGUGAUUGGCACGGACGGUCACCGCAGAAUGUGCCGUCACGAAGGUGUCGCAUAUAUGGAAACUUUUGGACCGCCCUUGAUUUUUGUGACGCCGAACUUGGCCGACACGCAGCAUGCUUUGUUACUGAUUGUUCAGGGUGAAAAGCUUGAUUUGGGUUGCAUCGAUGAAAGUCUGCAAGAUGAUCUGCCCAAGUACCGCGAUAUGCUUCAAACUUUGGAGUGUCGGAGACAGACGGCAAGACUGUACACUCAAAAAUGGUGCACGGAUGGUGCAGCCGCUGCAACUACAAGUGCCGGUAUGUCGGGCCCCGUCUUGGCUUUUCGCGGAGAGAUUGAAGCACAGGGGCGGGGAUCUUUGCAUCCUCACAUUCUGGUUUGGUUGGUAUGCAAUCACUUGCAAAUUCUGAGUGACUUGGCUUCCUUGUUGAAGCACAAGCCGGAGGAAUUACAGCUCCGCAUGAAGCAGUUUAUGCAUAUCUCGGUUGCAAGUUUCGAGAGUAUCUCGCAUGCGUCUGUUCAAGCCGCUCCACGAAUGCUGGGAUGUUUGGAUCUCGGCCCCGAGCUCGGCGUCAGCAAGGUGGCGCGUGAUCUUUGCAAAUUUGAUGGAGGCGCGGAUUUAGAUUUGCUUCGUGAACGACCAGAAAGGACUCCAGAGCAGCAAGAGUAUUUGGAGACGGCGGCUGAAGAAGAUUGGCGUCGGCCUUUGGUGCCUUUGGAACAGCGAGACCACAAAGAUCAGAAAGGCACAUCGAUCUAUGCUACACCCAUCAAUCGCUUGCCGGUGGCACACACGCCACAGUAUAGCAGCUCUGACAUGCAAACAGAAGAGGCACCACCUGAGGAGACUCUAUCUUUGUUGCGACAAAUCCGAGUGGGCAUCAACGAAGCUUUCUGCGAUGGUGUCAACAGCGGCUUCUAUGUGAACUCCUACACGACAAAGCCUGGACCCGCAUUGGCUGGUAUGCUAGAAGAGCUACGAAAAGGCAUCGAACGCUUGGAGGCCGAGAGACACAUGCGAGAACAAGAAAGGUCGGCAGCAGAAAAGCGAGCUCGAGAUGCCGGCGACCAUGUACCAGGCCGCAGAGGCGUUAUGUUCGCCGAAACCUUGAAGACUUUGAUGCGCUUGAGCUCUUCCUACCGCAGGUGUCACUGGAAAAGCGCUUCAGAGAUUCUCUUCCCCAUCUUAUAUCAGCACCUCACCUUCGCGUCCCAUCGGACCUGGAAGUCGUACACGAAAAAAGCCAUAUUUUUUUGUUUCGAGGCUUGGCGCCGUCGCUAUGGCGACUCCGUUCUUCGGGCGCAAGCCUCUGCAUCCACUGCUGCUGAAACCGAACCACUUCUGUUUCGUCGUGAAGGCUUGGAUGACGUGGUCUUACAAGGGUGGCGCAAAGUGGCGCGCGAAGAUGAGCUGUUGCGAGAAAUCCAGUAUGUUUAUAUUGGGCCACAAGGACAGCAAUGCGCAGAUUUGUAUACUGCGUAUGAAGAGUAUCAAGGCGCCCACUUGAGCAAAAGACGCCCUGAGCACAAGCUGACUAUCAUGCAAGAGUUGCUCACGUUGCAUGCAGUGCAGGAAAAGGUGCUGCCGACGGACAUGUCCAGCGACUGA